GGUCAUCUCAUAGAAUGAUUCUGAUCUCAUCAAGGCCAUGAAAGGUGCCAUUCGACAGGACAUGACAAAAAGGUACACACAAGUCGAUGUUGAAGAAUUCAUGUGGAUGUGCACAGCACUAGACCCACGAUUUCGAUCACUCCCAGACCUGAGCAGUGAGAAACGAGAGGCGGUGUACACCAACCUGAUUGCCAAAACAGAAACUGUCAAAACACAGGUAAAAUCUGAGGUAUCUCCAGACGCAGCCACACCCAGUACCAGUACAGCUACUGCCCUACUUGCCCUUCCAGCACUACCAGGCAUGACUGAUGAAAAUGCCAAUAAGGUGGACUUAGCAAUAGAAGUGACCACAGAACCAGAUCAGAAACGGCAGAAAACUGGGAUGGAAGCUUUGCUUAGGGAUGUGUACAUAACACAUACAGAGCCAGGGAUCAGUACUGUGGAAUGUCUGUAUCGGGAGGUGGAGAAAUACCGCUCUGAGAUUGCCUCUCCAUUGGACACUGACCCCCAGGUAUGGUUGAGGAGUCAUGAGAAUGACUAUCCUAAUCUGAGCAGACUGGCCAAGCACACCCUCCAUAUUCCAGCCACAUCUGUUGCAAGCGAGAGGGUCUUCAGUGUAGCCGGUGAUGUUGUGACUGCCACCCGAAGCAGACUGGCCCCAGACAUGGUGGACGUACUAGUGUUCCAAAAGCAUAACUUGUGAAGUUUUGAACUUUCCUGUCAUCACGCAGCACGUUUGGUUUAGUUAUAAUACAGUGUUUGGUUAAUUAACAUUAUGACUUAUAAAGUUAUGGCAAUGGUAUGCCAUUAUGUGUUAGACUCUUGUAAAACAGAAGCAUUUUAAGUGUUGUGACUUUUAUUAUAAAGUAACAUGCCAUGUUGAAUUGUUGACAGUUAAACUAAUGUAUAUAAGUUAAUGUGCUAGAUUGCUAGUAGCCUAGUACCAGUAAAUGAGACAGUGUACUGUGUAGUGUUUGCAAACUUUGCAUAAUAUUUACAUUUUAAUUGAUUAACCUUACAAAGAUGUGCCAUGUGUUUUGUCUAGUCACUUGUAAGUUGAUGUUUUCUAGUCAUUUGUUUAAGUUUCUUACCUAAUUAAUAUA